UGAUAGAAGGAAUUUUAAGUUGCCUUUUCUUACUUGUUGCCUCUUUGUUCAUUCCUACACUGAGUGCUUCCGUUUUGGUUUUACUUCUGUUUGGAAUUUUCUACUGCUCCAAGACUUGUUUUCAAGAACUUGAUUCUAUUUUAUUUAAGCUAAAUUAUGAAAAAAGACAUUGAGUGCUCAGACUCCAUCUGCUGGUCGACCAAGUUCUGGAGAAUGUGCCCCAUAACAACAGACAAGAUAAGAGAGCAAAAAAAAAAUAACCCAUUGAUCAAUAUCUUGGAUGAUAGGUAUUAAAUUUUACAACAGGAUAGCCCAUAAUCAUUCAGGAAAAGAAGUGUUAUCUGAAAAUACUCUGUAGCAGAUCCACUGAUCUAGUUUCUUCUUCCACGAGGAAAGAAAGUAUGUCGACAAGGAUACAGCAGAGUUUUUUCGGCAGGAAAUAUAUUGAACGAUCUUUUUAAUACAGGCUUGGGAGAAUUUAUUUUCUGUGAGUUGUUUAGAUCAAUUUAGGAAUUAGCCCAGCUCUCUCUGCCAUUGAUCAGUGGUGUUUCAUUUUUGUUUCUUUCAAAAAAGGAUUUCUUAUAAGUCGCUCCACAUGAAAUGUUGUUUUCAUGCACUAUGGAGAUCUCAGUUUUAUGAGAAUAUGAAAGACGAAAGAACUGAGAACAAAAGAUCAGAACCGGAAUAUGAGGAGGAGGAGGAGGAGGAAAUCUUGGGAUCGGACGAUGAUGAACAGGAGGAUCCAGAGGACUACCAGAAAGGUGGAUAUCACCCUGUGAAGAUUGGAGAUCUCUUCAACAACAAAUACCAUGUGAUUAGAAAGCUGGGCUGGGGUCAUUUCUCUACAGUAUGGCUCUGCUGGGACAUGAUAGCAAAGAGGUUUGUUGCCUUAAAGGUUGUAAAGAGUGCACAGCAUUACACAGAGACGGCACUGGAUGAAAUCAAAUUACUUAAAUGUGUUCGAGAAAAAGAUGAGAAUGACCCAUUUAGGGAACGCACUGUGCAGCUGUUGGAGGACUUCAAAAUUUCAGGAGUCAAUGGGACUCAUGUGUGUAUGGUGUUUGAAGUCCUGGGUAACAAUUUACUUAAACUAAUAAUCCGUUCAAAUUAUCAAGGAAUUCCGAUACAGAAUGUCAAACACAUCAUGAAACAGGUUUUACAAGCCUUACAGUACCUCCAUGACAAAUGUAAGAUCAUUCACACUGAUAUAAAACCUGAAAAUGUAUUAAUGUGUGUUGAUGAACCAUACAUCAGAAAACUUGCAGCCGAUGCCUGUGAAUGGCAGAAACUGGGCUCAAAGCUUCCGGGAUCAGCUGUGAGCACAGCUCCUAAGGAAAGAGCAGCAGACCCCACCAAAAUGUCCAAGAACAAAAAGAAGAAAAUGAAAAAGAAAAUGAAGAAGCAGCAGGCAUUGCUUGAGAUGCAGAUGCAGCAGAUUGAAGAAGUGGCCACACAGGUUCCUGUAGAUUCUGCUGAGUCGUGUGACUUAUUGGCUGCCCAGAAAGAAAUGAUGGACAAUAGUGAAAGCAUGAAUAGCUUGGCACAAUCAGAAUCAGAAAUGAAUGAGACGCCUUCACAAGGUGACCAACCAGAAUCAACCGACUCGCUACACAACACCGAAUCUAGCCUGGCUACUGAUCACAUGACAGUGGACAACAACCAGGAGAACAGCGAGAACCAUAUCAACCAGAGUCAACCAGACAACAAUAAUACAGCAGAGUCCCCAGACACAAAGAAGAAAAUAGAAGAGGAGAAAAAUUCUGAAAACAUUGAGAAUCAAACUAAGUGUGUCCCAAACAUAAUGGACCCCGCAAUUGGUGACAAUGACAAUGAAGUGACUAUAAACAUCAAGGAUUCAGCAAAUGAAAUCAUGUGUAAUGGACACGGUGAAACUCAAUCUCAGGUAGACACCAAUAGAAACUCCAGCGCUGAGCAGGAGGAGUGUUGUGAAUCCAAUAAUGUGGGGGGUGAGGGUAACCCGAUGGAGGAGGGGUCUACAGAUGAGAAUCAACGACGGUCUCAGAGUCCUGGAGUGCACAGCUCCUCUCCCAGUGAAAAAAGCAACUCAUCAGACAAAAAUCGACCGGAUCCAGUGCGACAAAUUUGUGAGAUACCUGUCAAAAUAGCAGAUCUGGGCAAUGCCUGCUGGACGUUUAUACACUUUACCGAUGACAUCCAGACUCGUCAGUAUCGAGCCCUGGAAGUCCUGAUAGGAGCAGGAUAUGGUCCACCAGCAGACAUGUGGAGUACCGCGUGCAUGGCAUUUGAAUUGGCAACGGGGGAUUAUUUAUUUGAGCCCAAUUCCGGAGAAAACUUUAGUCGUAAUGAUGAUCAUUUAGCUCAUAUUAUUGAGCUGUUGGGUCCUAUUCCAAGAGAGAUUUGCUUAGGAGGCGAGAAAUCCAGGAGAUACUUCAACAGAAGGGGUGAACUUCAUAACAUACCAAAGUUAAAACCGUGGGGUCUUCUUGACGUUCUGAUGGAAAAGUAUGAAUGGGAAGAGGAAGAGGCCCGCAGUUUUACAGACUUUUUAAUACCCAUGUUGGCAUUCGAUCCUACCAAACGUGCCACAGCAGCCGAAUGUCUACAACACCCCUGGCUGAAAGACACCAAGGAUGUAGAACAGUCAUAAUCUCAAACACUUCUCGGUUAGAGCUUCUCCACGCUUUGAACGGACUCGGAUAACAUACAGCUGUAUACUAAGGGAGAUAACCUGGGACAAGGGAGGUCUAAGAAAUAGUCUUCUCUUGUUCCUAAAGUCUGGGUUCUCUUUCUCUCUCCCUUGUUUUAAUGAACAAUUGGAGAUGAUUUCACAGAGUAUUUUAUUUCACUAACCUUUUUCCUGUGGAAAACUUUUAUAUGAACAUCUGCCAUUAAGGGUGAAACUAUUACAUGUGUAAACGAGAAUGUUUUGAUUCAUUCAAUUAAACAUUUUCAAAAUGUUUAAACGAAACGACAAAACAAUUAAACAGUGAUUUACAAUUUUUAGAAAAGCUUUUUGUACUUUUGUGUAAAUACGUGAAAUUUUGAAGAAACAAGAAUGAUUUUAGCCGUUUACAACAAUACUGGAAAGUUGUUUAAGCUAAUGUACAUGUAGAAGGAAAUUAAGUAUUGUAUUGUGUCCUAUUCCAAUUAAAUGACACUCUAUAUCAGUAUUUUGAUGUUUUAUGUCAGAAAUGAGUUUAUUUCAUAUUUUGAAAAUAAAAAAAGAUAACUUGUAAAAAUAUACAUGGAGACAGUUUUUUUUAAAAAAAAUAACGUUAGGUAUUAGCUUUCAUUCCAGGUAAUGGAUUUAGAAUUAAAAGAGAAUUAAUUCUUUGAUAACAAUAAAAAAAAAAAAUGCGUACUCCGGAUUAUAUUUGUAUAUUCCGUUGUUGGUGUCUUUGAUUUACAUCACAUGUUGAUUACUGUGCAAGUUGAGACUUGGUGAUGAACCCUGGGGAUGAAUUUGGGAAAGUUCUCUAGAGUUUUAAAUCACAACAACAAAAACAUCGCAAGUUUAUUUUAUUUUUAUUUUUGUUCUAAUCAUAAUGAAUGAAUUAGGAAAGUAAGGAAAGAGAAAAGCUUAGACAUCCCAAACAAUUUACAAUAUGCUAAUGUUAGCAUUUCAGGGCCUGAAAGAUCAAUUUGCAUCAAUGGACUCAUUUUUUCAGGUCAUUUAAACGUUUACAAAUUUUAGCUAAUGUUUCACCCUUAUUUGCCAUGCAUGUAUGUUUGUUAAUUUUAAAGUCCAUAUGAAUGUGAUAAAAGAUUAGACACUUCUAUAGCAAAUACAAGAUGUAGGAAAAUGUGCAGGAAUUUUUAUAAUUUCAUGAUUCUCCUAUGCUUCAUUUCUGCCUGAUAUACAGACAAGUUACAGAGAGUUUUCUAGUUUGCUGUUAGUUUUUUUUUUUUCUAUGUGUAUACAUAAGUAAUUGUACACAGUGAUGGAAGUCUAAACAUACUGUACAGCAAGAGAUCAAUUUUCAUCAAGAAUCUUUUGAUUCCUCUGUAUUGUAACUUAUUUACAUUUUGACGACAUAUAAGAAUAUCCCUUGAAUUUUGUUAUGAAUGGUCAGAAUUUUUUCAAGUUGUAUAAUAUAGCAAAAUUAUCUUCCAGUAAAAUGUCUUCUGUUAUCCAAGUAGGAGUUAAAUAGUAAUUUUCAUUAUUUCAGGAUAUUUGACCUGUUCCAUGUUUAUUUUUCACCCCAAAUUCAUUUUAGUUUUAAGAAUGCUUGUCAAUGAUUCAUACAGAAUUAUGUUACAGUGCAAUGAUUGUCUCAUGAUUGGUAAUGAUUUUCCUGCAACAUAUCAUGUAGAGUGAUAUUCAGUAAUUUUGUUUCAAAUGAAUUUGUCAUGUUCUUUUCCAAACUCUGCUUCUUUUGAUUUUUUUUAAAUAGAGUACUGUUUUAUGACAAUGUUUAGUGUAUAACUUGUCUCUCUUUUAUAAUUUUCAUUUGUAGACAGAUGAUAUUGCCAUCAAAAUGUUUACCCAUUUGAAUUUUACAUUAGAGAUCAAAGUGUUAAUGGUGGCAGAAAGCUGAUAGAAGGAGACCUGUAAUUGUCUGAUGAUUCAAUGGCAUUUUGGUUGACACUAUUUUGUAACGUGUAGCAAUAUAGACUGGGUAGUGAUAGAACUGUUAGACAAUCGGUUGUCAACACUAACAUUCCUGACAGACAGAAGAAGUUGUGUGCCACAAGAACUCGACUCUGUUGUGUUUCUAAUGCUAAUUUUAUCAACUAUUGACGAACUCAUAACCGAGGUAUAUACACUUGAUGUAUGUAAUGCAAUAGCAAACAUUUACGAGGAGAAAGAUGUGUAACAAUAUCCUCAUGAUAUGGUUUCUUUGUAUUAUAGCAUGUAUAAAGAGCUUUUGCAAGCAGCAGAAGUGUGUGGGUCUCAGACAUGAAGCUGAAUAUAUAAAGUCAUCCAAGCUGAAUGUCAAACCUCUGGUUUGUGGCAGUUUUAUUGUGCUGCAGUGUACUAGGUGGUCGAAUUAAGCUUCAUACAAGGGUUGUACUUGUUUAAACGGGGAGAUAACUCUUGACUGAUUCAACAGUCCAUUUUUGUGUUUUGUGUUAUGUCUAAAUAAACUGUUCACCAAUUUA